AGCCGCAGAGCAGCAGCCCGGGCGCGGAGCGGGCGGGAAGGGCGGUCGGGCGUUGGUGGCGGUCCCGGCGGGGCGGGAUGGCGCUGGCGCAGCAGUGCGAGGCCGCGUUCGGUACCGCGGACCUGUACGGUGUGCUGGGCGUGCGGCGCGGCGCGUCCGCGCAGGACAUCCGCCGCGGCUACCACCGCGCCUCGCUGCGCCUGCACCCCGACCGCGUCCCGGCCGAGCAGAAGGAGGAGGCCACGCGCCGCUUCCAGAUCCUGGGCAAGGUGUACGCCGUGCUGAGCGAUGAGAAGCAGCGCGCAGUGUACGAUGAGACGGGCAUGGUGGAUGAGGACGCCGAGGCGCUGCAGGACGGGCGGGACUGGCUGGAGUAUUGGCAGCUGCUAUUCAAGGUCACCGUGAAAGACAUCGAAGAGUUCAAGAGUACGUACAAAAACUCGGAGGAAGAGCUGGCUGAUGUGAAGGCGGCGUACCUGAAUUUCAAGGGUGACAUGGAUCGGAUCAUGGAGUCUGUGCUGUGUGUGGACUACACGGAUGAGCCCAGGAUACGGGAAAUGAUCGAGCGAGCCAUCGAGUCUGGGGAGGUCCCAUCCUACAAGGCUUUUGUAAAGGAGUCAAAGCAGAAGACUGUGUCCAGAAGAAAGCGGGCAGAAAAAGAAGCUAAAGAGGCAAAAAAGAUGAUAGAUGACCUGGGCCUUAGUGGAGAAAAUGACUUGCAAGCGCUGAUUAAACGCCGAAGCAAAGAUCGAGAAAAGGAAAUGGAUAACUUCUUCGCCCAUCUGGAAGCAAAGUAUGGCAACAGUGCUAAGAAAGGAGGAAAGAAGACCUCAGCCAAGAAAAGAAAGGCAGAAGGAACAGACUGAAAUACCAGGUUUCACUUUGUAUGGAAACGUGGAUUUGGGAGAAUUUUGGGUGUUUUUCGGGCUCCUGUUUCGGACUGUGUGCAUUGACCGGCGGUAAGUGGGAGGCAUGACACGGAAUGCGUGCUGAACAAGGAAGACAAGGCAUUCCUGUGCUACUAUCUCCAGCUCUUUGGGUGCUCUACAGUUGAGAUCCAUGUGUGCUGUUCACACAUUUCUUCUGUAACAAACCUCCUGCUAUUUUUAAAGGUCUUUGCUCAACAGGUCUUUUUUCAGAUAUUCCUGUAGUUUUAUAAAGAUAGUUUGGAAAAUUGCUGGUUUAAUAAACAAGAAGGUGGGGUUGUUUUUCAGAGUUUUGCUUCCUCAGUUCUCAAUAUGUUUUCUAAAUAAGCUAUUUAAAACAA